AUGGCGGUUGCCAGUAACCGCGCUCUCAUGCAGUAUUUUGCCAAACUUGGACAAGCCAAUCAUGAUGACGAAUAUGUUAAUUUAGAUUUCAUUGAAAGUCUGUUGAAUUCUGGCGCCAAUAUUAAUUGUAUGGACAAGUAUGGUCAAACGAUACUGCAUGAAGUUGCUCGAGCAUGGCAUGUUGAUGUUGGACGAUUUCUAUUAGAGCAUGGUGCAGACGUCAACAAACCUGAUGCUUAUGGACGAACUCCGCUUCAUGUUGCUUCAGCUGUAGACUAUCCAGAGAUGGUUAACCUGCUCAUCGAAUUCAAAGCCGACAAAGAAUCCAAAACCUUAGAAGAAGAACAAACCCCAGUUCAUUACGCUGCCAAAAAUGACGCUUGUUCAUCUUUAAAAGCUCUCGCUAAAUUGGGAUCCCAUGAAGCCUUAAACCAGUUUCGUUCAAUAGAUCGAGCUAACAGAAAACAAUAUGUUUACUUAAAUCAUUUAGUUCGCAACCAAUAUCUGCACGCAGAUAGUGAGGCUCAGAGUCCACUACUUGUUUCUGUUAACCAUAGACAAUAUCAGCUGAUCAUGCACCCUGUUUUUGAACGGUUGAUCGAGGUGAUGUGGUCAAAAUUUGGAGCUAUUGGAGCUUGGAAGAGCCUGAUACUGAACUUCGUUUAUAUUCUGUUAUGGACUGUGAUAGGUGUUGUUGUGGAGUAUGAUGAUCGUCAUAAUUAUAUCCUACCCGGAGAUUGGUGGAGAAUCCUUCUUCUAAUUUGUGCAGUUGGUUUUACAAUGUGGCAGGUCGUUGAAGAAUUGAGGGAUUAUAGAAGAUCCCAAGUAUCUCAUAGCAAAUGGAAAUCUUGGCGCGAAAGAGAAAUUGCAAAAGAUAAGAAGUUUUGUCAUCCGAGGUGGCCAGAAGAAGAAGCUUUUCUUAAUCGUGAGCUGGAGAUGCUGAAGGAAGUUGAUCAAAGCUACUUUAGUGACAUGUGGAACGUCUUUGAUUGGACAUGUUACUUCUUGCUUACAGUUUGCGUUGCAACCCAUAUAGCCGAUGUUAUUGCCCACUCUGAACAUCUAGCUCGGUGGCAUGUUCGCUUCAUGUCUUUCACCAUAAUUAUAUUGUGGUUAAGACUAAUGAAAAAUGCCCGUGCAUUUACACUUCUUGGGCCAUUUAUUGUGAUGUUAGGACAUAUGCUGAAAGACCUGUUACGAUUUGUAUUUUUAUAUCUCGAGUUCUAUAUACCUUAUGUAUGUGCCUUUUGGAUAAUAUUCGGUGGUGAUAAGAGAGCAGAAGAUGACAUUAAUAACCCAGACGCAGGCGAAAGAAUUGUGGUCAGUGGAUAUGAAUAUCCCGGACAGGUUCUAUUUAGUAUCUUUAGACUUACCUUGGUUGAUGACUAUGAUUUUGAUAACAUGUAUUUAGUGGAUUCUGUUAUGGCUACAAUAUUGGUCUGGUCUUGGUUGGCAGUCUCAUCCAUUCUGUGUUUAAAUCUGUUCAUUGCUUUAUUGUCCGACACUUUUCAACGUAUUUACGACAACGCACAGGCCAAUUCUGUUAUGCAGAGAGCAAUUACAAUCCUAAGUUUUUGGGACUCAAUGUCCAAAAGGCGCAAAAUGAAGUUCCUUCGGUAUAUCGAGGCUGAAUGUUCCCCUAUGAAAGAUUACUAUGACGACGAUUUGACCGAGAGUGGAGAGGAAGACAUCAAAAAGGUCACAAUCCAAAUCAAGGAACAGCUAGAUCAGAUCCACGAUUCAUGGAAAUUUCAUUUCGGCCACAGUUUAUUUUCCAAUCCAAACGACUAG